CACCAAACCCCACUAACCACAUCAUUUCUCAUCUUCUUUCACUUCUUGCCUUUCUCAAAGGAAAUUAAUUAAUUAAAGCCAUUCAUAGCUUCAAUGAGUUCCAUAACCAAAGCUCCUCCUUCCUCUAACGACACUGAAGAGAGUGGUUGGACCACGUACUUUGAUGACUUCUUCAACAACCAUGUUGAUAACAAGUGUUCCAUGUCUCUAUCCGGUGUUGCUUGUAAUUCCUCCCUUAAUGUCUCCGAUGCUGCCUCUUUGGUAGAGAAAAAAGUGAGUCAUAUCAAACAAGUUGAUGAUGAGUUUUGUGUGAAGAAAAAUGUUAAGAGGUCGAGUUUCAAGAAGAGCAUAACGACUUUGAUUGAUGAUGCUUUGGAAGACACGGCAACUUCUCCUCUCAAUACCGCCAAGGUUUUGUAUGCGAACCAGAAGAUUGACAAGGCAAACAGACAGAAGUAGUAUAAACCUUUUUCUCAGGUUCAGUCGAAUUCACAUAAAUAUACAAUAUAUAUAACCGUUUCUUUAUUUUUUCUUCUAUUGUAAAAUCAAAGGAAAAUGCAUAUAUAUAUAUAUAUAAGAAUUACGUAAACAAACUUAUUAUUAGCAUCUGACCACACGGGGAUAUAAUGAUUUUUUUGUGUGUUAUCAUUAGUUUCAUCUGUUUAUAUAGUAAAAUUAAAAUGCAUUACUUUUUAAACUUUAUGUCCCAUUUUUAUUUUAUUUUUAAAAUGCAUCAAAUAUGUAUGAAACAGAACUUUUAUGUUGUUAUAUACAGUCCAUCUGGUUCAAACCUCUACCAAAGACUGUAAUUAACAUCAAACCAAACUAGUUAAUUGCAUUACUUCUUUUUUGCCUUUUCCUUAUACCUUUCCUAUUGCUGAAAUUAAUCUCUUUGUAACUCAGUGGUGUAUUCUUUCAAACAUGCAUCAACUAACAAGUCACCAAUUUGUUAAUUUGGUCUCUGAAGGAGAACGACAAUACCUCAGGACAAAGAAAUGAACAAAAAGAAUUUAUUAAUGGGAGUGAUAGUGUUUGCAUUUGCACAGAACUAACGAAGAAAGGCCUUUGUUUAGUUCCUCUGUCAAUGUUAGCCAACUAGCUGAGUUAAUCAUUUAGUGCGUGUUUGGUGUGUUUGAAAAUUAUUUGAAAAACAAGAAAUCACAUAUAUGAUGUAGAAGUUACAAUUAUUAGCUUCUCUGAACGUGACAUUUGAGAUAAGGAACCAAACACACUAUUAGUAUUAUGUUAAAGGUUUUUAUUGUAUAAAAGAAAAUGUAUUAAAGAGUAUAUAUUACUAACUAUUUUCUUUCUGACCAAGUAGAAAAUCAUGCUUGGACAUGUUGAUAUAUAUAUAAAAUGAAUUGAAUUUUUUUCUAUACUAUGGCAAGUCCUAUGCAAUAGUAUAUAGUAAAUUAUUACUAGUUUUUACACUGAAACAUACCUGUGUCUAAUGUCUAUAUAUUCUG